AAAAAAGAAAAACUCAUAAACUUCUCAUGUCAUCACCUUCAAAGUCAGGGUUUUCAUGGUCUUCUAUCCAUGCAAACAAUCUUGCCAAUCAACAAACCCACAGGCCCAACCAUACGACCUUUUCAUCUGCAGUUCCAACAAAGAUCAAUUACAAAGGUCCAAUUAGUCCUCCCUCCCGACAACGUUUGGCUAAUCCCCAAGAUGGAGGUGCAUCUUCAGGAUGGCAGAAUUGGAAUCCACAAGACACAGCAUCUCUAGCCUAUACAACUUCCAAAUCAACAGCUCACGCGGAUUCUACUCCCACACCAGCUGUGCAAUAUACAAAUAUGGCUACCGACAAAAUUUGCCGGGAACUAGAUAACACGCAAGAAAAGAUUGUUGAAGAUAUAAAGAAUUUGGUUUCAUCAAUGACUGAUCUCUCGACCAAUGAAAGACCCAAGGAUACUCCUACCCCCACGGCAGAAACUACAACUACAACUGCAACAACUAUAACGACGACGACGACUACUACUACUACGACAAUAGCUAACAGCUCACAUGUCGAUCCAGAGAGCAAGACAUCCGAAAGCAUUACUCACUCUACAAAAGUUGAAGUUUCGGCACCGGACUUGACACUCAAGGAACCACACCAAAAAACUGUAUUGACGCCUGAAAAAGAUGAAGAGGUGUAUCAUACCGAGAGUCAUACAGAAUCGUCAACAACAAUAGUAUCAUCAAACUCGCAAGAUGCCAAGUCUCCAGUUAUGGAAAAUGGUCGAUCUGACUCGGCGACUGCUGUUAAUGAAGUAGAAGACAAAGUACUAUUGGAGUUUUAUGAGUUUAUCCGGCCAGACUGCAAGGAGACUCUUUACGGGGUCUUGAACCAGUGUAGAAUCCCUCGCGACAACUGCGAAGUUAGAUGGGUAGACAAAUCCAGAGCGAUCGCCAAGUUUGGGAAUGAACGUACAGCAAUACAAGCCAAGGAAGCACUCGGCUCUGCUGGGUUAUUUAAGAUUCGGCGUUAUUCAGGCACAUUUGAUAUCAAAGACCCUGUUUAUCCUUCCCAACUGCACCGUCCUCUCACGACCAAUAGUGUAGCUAGAAGGUUAAUACAUGGCGCACUUGGACUUAGGGCACCUGUUAGAACCAAAGAAGAACGUGAAAGGGAUCACACUCUUUUACGAAUUGCCAGAGAGGAAAAAGAAGCUCGGUUUAAUCCGAGAGUACGCCAUGGCUUGGUUGAUAAUCGAUCCAUGUAGCUUACUGACAUUCGAUUGGACAUGCAAUGAUCAAGCAAAAUAUAGAUAAAUACAAACACAUAAAUACAUACGUACAAGCAUAUAUACAUAUCCACAUAUCCACACACACACAUACUUACAUACACGCAUACAUGCAUCAAUCCAUAUAAUGUCUAGCUUAUUUUUCUUUGCUGCCAAUUCUCUUUAUAAAAAUACAUUCACAUACACACGC